AUGGAAGCUCUCGGGGUUGCAAGCGGCAUUGCAGGCUUGAUCGGCUUGGCCGAAAUGGUCGCCUUCAAAGGCUCGAAGUACGCGUACGGCGUCAAAAAUGCCGGCUCAGAUAUCAAAGACCUCUUCCUAGAAGUGCAAAGUCUCUAUGGUGUGUUAAAUCGUCUCAAGCUCCUUGAGAAAUGCCUCGACGAUGAUGAAGAGCGUUCUGCAGAGGCCAGUAUCCAACUCACGAACUUAUUAGACUCCCAUCGCUUUCAUAAUCUGGAUCAUUUUCAAACCUGCAGAAGGAACCUCGACCAUCUAAAGAAGUCGUUAGAUAAACUUGACUCAAACUCUGUGAAGACGAGACUUUUUUGGCCUUUCAAAGCUUCGGAAACCAAGGAGUUGAGAGAGAAAAUCGCACGAAAUAAACGUGAUUUGAGUGACGCUCUGACGGCUGAUGGACUGUGA